AUGUCCAUAGAUUGCGGUGACAUUCUUCCAGAAUUCGUUGGGGAUAUUACACUCACAGAUAAAGACAAGAAGUCCAUUGACUUGCUUGAACUAUUGGAUAAGUACCAUAGAAAAUAUGAAGACAUAUGCAAUAACAUCAAGAGAACGAUUCUCUCGAUUAAAAGAGCUGAUUAUGUGAGUGGUAACAUCAAUAUGAAAUUUGGAAAAGAUUUUUGGGAUCUUCGUCCAAGCCUUGCUAGUAAGACAAUCAGUUUUGAUGAAGGCUUCAAAUUGAAUAAUUUGACACCUAAGAGAUUAUCUCAGAAGGAGAGAAUUGAGAAAACCAGCGGGUCUCAUAAUAUUGCAAAACAAGAUAGAUCUGACUUUCAAGGAUCAAUAACGAACGUUACCAAUAGAAAGCGAAAGCCUACCAUACAAGAUGAAAUACAUGAUGAGAACAAAGCUACUGAGUUGUUUGUUAGAGACCCUUUGAAAAUGUUCUCUGGAGGGUUUGUGUCAUCUGAAAUACGUGAGGCCAAGAAAUCGAUGGAUCUAGCUCUCAGAGAGAUAGUGGAAUUAUGUACUGAGAGGCAGAUAUUGCUUCGGAUUGUGAAACAGCUAGAGGAUAGAAUCAUUGCUUAG